AAUGCUCCCUACCCUCUGAUUACGGCUUCUCAGCGUGGAAAUAUUGAAAUGAUUAGCCUUCUUCUUGAGCAUAAGGCAAAGAUAAAUAGAGGGAAUUUCGCUGGUAAUACACCUCUGCAUAUUGCAUGCAUGGCAAAUCAAGUCGAAGCGGCAAGAUUUUUGCUUAGAAAGGGGGCCAAUAUUCUGGCAUUGAAUAAGCGUCUUCAAUCACCUUUUAAUGCAGCGGUUGAACAGGGCAGUACUGAGGUGUGCGAGUUUCUGAUUCUUGCUGGGGCACCUAUUAAUGAAGUUGAUCGAGCGGCCAAAACCCCGCUUAUGCUCUCAGCUCUCUCUGGAUUUGUUAGAAUUGUGGAUAUGAUUAUCAAAGCAGAACGUUUUCGUGCGGCCAAACCGGAAUUUGCCGCUCAUAUUGCAAAGAAGUUCAUUCGGGAAUUAGGCGACCAGGAGUUGGAUGAAGAUUAUGAGGAAGAGUAUAACGAGAGAUUGAAAGGCUCAGAAGAUUUAAACUCCUCUGACCUCGUCAGUCCCCCCACGGCUCGAAAUAAAUCACCUUCUGUUUCAAUCUCGGAGGCACCAACUUAUGUCACAGGAAGUGGUUCUACUGAAAUUGGAAAAUUUGAAAAUGAAUCCGAUUCUAUGGACGAAUACGCCAACUUAGUUGGAGACGGCAAUAUCGAUGAUGAUAUAUCGAUUUCUCACGCAGAAACCUAUCGAUCUGACAGUGAUGAAAGUGUUGGGAAGAAUAUGAUUAACCAUUUGGGGGAACAGGAUAGCGUUUUCAUGACCAAACCGCAGGGUCAAAAGGUCGAAUCGGAAUUUUCCAUCAUUUCGGCUUCUGAAAGCACUAAGGAAUCGGAACAAUGGGAAGCCACUGAAAAGGCUUUAAAUCAAGGUGAACAGAUUAGAACCGUUUCCUUCAAGAAUAGGAACGUAGCAGGACCCUUCGAACCUCCGUAUCCAGUUGACAGCAGAAAAAUGUCUAGUUUAAGAAGAUUGCGAUUUCAAAAGAAUGAAACCCAACCAGCCAGGCAGACUCCAAGUGUAGAAAGUACCUACUCCAGCGUUUUUCGUUCAAAAGUUCGAUUUUUGAUCAAUACCCAAUCCUACGCGGGGCGAUUCCAAACUCUCUUCUUCUACAUCGCUCACAGGAAAUUGCAUCGUGGCGAAUGGAAGUCUCUUGCUAAAUAUUGGAACUUCACAGAAGAACAAAUUGAGGCAAUCGAAUUACAACAUAUAAUUGAUAGAAAUGCGUAUAAGGAGCACGGGUUUCGACUUCUUUGUAUCUGGUUGCAUGGACUGAGUGAGAACACUGAUCCAGCGCCAUUGUUGUAUACAGCCUUGACGUCCAUAGGCCGAAGAAUGGAUGCCAACAAUGUUCAGAAGGACUUCUACAAAGCCACACAUGGCCAUUAUUCGUACAAAGAUGAUUGUCACAUAUCAUAA